ACUCUUGGGCCUGGACACAGCUGCUUGGACCAAACAAGCCACGAGUUCCGCCAUGUUUUCAGAGCAGGCAGCACAGAGGGCCCACACUCUGCUCUCCCCGCCAUCGGCCAGCAAUGCCACCUUUGCCCGGGUGCCUGUGGCCACGUACACCAACUCCUCACAGCCCUUCCGACUGGGAGAGCGCAGCUUUAACCGACAGUACGCCCAUAUUUAUGCCACACGCCUUAUCCAGAUGAGACCCUUCCUGGUGAGCCGGGCGCAGCAGCACUGGGGCAGCCGAGUCGAAGUGAAGAAGUUGUGUGAGCUGCAGCCCGGGGAGCAGUGCUGUGUGGUGGGCACGCUGUUCAAAGCCAUGCCUCUCCAGCCCUCCAUCCUGCGGGAAAUCAGCGAGGAGCACAACCUGAUCCCCCAGCCGCCUCGGAGCAAAUACAUCCACCCAGAUGACGAGCUGGUCUUAGAAGAUGAAUUGCAGCUCAAACUGAAGGGCACCAUUGAUGUAUCAAAGUUGGUCACAGGAACGGUCUUGGCCGUGUUUGGCUCUGUGAAGGAUGACGGUAAGUUUCAGGUUGAGGACCACUGCUUUGCUGACCUGGCGCCACAGAAUCCUGUGCCCCCACUUGACACAGACAGAUUUGUGCUACUGGUGUCCGGACUGGGCCUGGGCGGCGGUGGCGGGGAGAGCCUCCUGGGCACGCAGCUGCUGGUGGACGUGGUGACCGGACAGCUUGGGGACGAAGGAGAGCAGUGCAGUGCUGCCCACGUCUCUCGAGUCAUCCUUGCAGGCAACCUCCUCAGUCAUAACACCCAGAGCCGAGACUCCAUCAACAAGGCCAAAUACCUCACCAAGAAAACCCAGGCAGCCAGUGUGGAGGCAGUCAAAAUGCUGGACGAGAUCCUACUGCAGCUGAGCGCCUCAGUACCUGUGGAUGUGAUGCCGGGAGAAUUUGAUCCAACCAACUAUACACUCCCACAGCAGCCCCUGCACCCCUGCAUGUUCCCCCUGGCCACUGCCUACGCCACACUCCAGCUGGUCACCAACCCAUACCAAGCCACUAUUGACGGAGUAAGGUUCCUGGGGACAUCUGGACAGAACGUGAGCGAUAUCUUCCGGUAUAGCAGCAUGGAGGACCAUUUAGAGAUCCUAGAGUGGACCCUGCGAGUCCGUCACAUCAGCCCCACGGCCCCAGACACCCUAGGUAUCUGCUCAGUUACACUUGUGGGACCAAGGGCCGGGAUGGGUUCCCAGCACAGCCUGGUACUCAGAAAAGCUGUUUUGGCAACUGGUCUGGAACGUUCGUUCUGUCCAUGGUCAAAGCCUGCACCGUACAGACUGGGAGCAUACCGUCCUAGAACUGCUGGGCCGUGGGACCACAGAGCACUUUGGUCACAGUUGGGGUGCUGUUGGCAUUCAGUGAGAGGGGAGGGACCCCUUAGUGGGACAGCUCAACAACAGGCCUUCCUCCAGGGUGCUAUCCCUUCACAAACCGAAUUCUCUGCAACACCCCAGCUUGGCUCUAAAGUCAUCCGAGGUCCCGAGGACCAGGCCGUGCUGUUGGUGGCCGUUCCUGACUUCAGUUCCACACAGACAGCCUGCCUGGUGAACCUGCGUGGCCUGACCUGCCAGCCUAUCAGCUUUGCAGGAUUUGGGGCAGAGCAAGACGACCUGGAAGACCUGGGGCUGGGUCCCUAGUGAGAGGCAGCUGGGUCAGGAUAUCAGUCUUGCAAUGCGAGCCCUGUAAAUAAAACAUGAAUUUUUACCGUCUGAA